UCUAGUGUUACUUAUAAGAAGCACUAUUGCUAUCGGCAUGUUCCAAAAUGGCUGCGCCCUCACGGGGAAAGGCGGUGAGCAAAAAUGAUUUAAAGCGCUUAAUGAAAGAAAGAAAAGAUGCCUUAUGUCAGUCUACGAAGCGUAUCAACUCUCCGUACGCAAAGUAUAACAGCUUAGGACACCUGCUGUGUACGGUUUGCAGCACCCAAGUGAAAAGUGAGACACUUUGGGCGACCCACGUUUUAGGGAAAACUCACAAAGAGAACCUCGACCAGCUCAAGCGGAAAACUUCUAGUACGACUGGCCAAAGCACUGAGAAGCUAGAAUUUGUUUGCAGGAAGCGAUUAAAAAGUGACGGCGAAGCGGGAGAUCCAGCGGCUAGCACGUGUGAUGUCCCAGCAAAGAAGACCAGAAAUGCAAAUCUCCUUUCCUUCGAUGCAUCCGAUGAUGAGCAAGAAGGCAGCGAAGGCAAAGAUGAAAGUAGUGCCCUUCCAAGUGAUUUCUUUGACAAACCUACGAACAACUCGCAAGAGCCAUCCAGUAAGCCCAAGGGGUCUAAAGAUGGAGAGUCCAGUCUACCAGAAGGUUUCUUUGAUGAUCCCUUCCAGGAUGCUAAAGCAAGGAAUGUGGAAUACAAGGAUCCCGUUGAAGAGGAGUGGGAGAAAUUCCAGAAGGCCAUUGCCGAAGAGACAACGGUGUCUGAAGCAAUCAUGGAAGAGGAUGCAGAAGAGAGCAAAGUUGAAAGAGACAUAGAGGAAAUAGAUGAACAAAUUCACAACUGGUCAAGGGUAGAGAAUUUGCAAAAACGCAAAGAAGACCUAAUGAAAAAUGAAGUCACAGCCAUGGAUGAAGAUGGCGAGAAUGAAAGUGAUAUGGAAGGACAAGACUUCGAUGAGUACCUUAAUUGGAGAGCGAAGGGUGCAUGGAAGUGAAUAUUUGCUUUCUUAUGAUGUGUGACUCAGCAAGUUUUGCAGGGCUGUGUAGGCAGUGUUAUCGCGCGUGUAUCACAUGCUGCCUGCUUGUUUGCCUGUGUACAGUGAUGCAAAUUCUUAACGCUGUAUAUUAGCAUAUUCAUGCCUGUACAUACUUCACCUCGUGAAACAUGUCUUGAUACGUACUUGCAGGUGUGUUGUACAGAUCAUUAUAGUUUAUGAGAAGGUAAA